CCACCGUGGAUUCAGUUCCGGGGGUAUAUUUCUUCCUCUUUUGUCGUUAUAGUGCUAUCGGACAUAUCUUUGUCUUUCCGUCUAUCCCCGGAUUCAUUGGACCGUGUUAAGUACGAGCACAGCUAGCUGAGCUUUACAGCCAUGCCGGUCGUCAAAGGAGGUGUCUGGACUAACAUCGAGGAUGAAGUGCUUCGGGCAGCGGUGUCCAAGUACGGCCUCAACCAGUGGGCGCGUGUCUCCUCGCUCCUGAACAGAAAAACCCCCAAACAGUGCAAAGCGCGAUGGAUCGAAUGGCUGGACCCCGGUAUCCGCAAGGUCGAAUGGUCGAGGGAGGAGGAUGAGAAGCUGUUGCAUCUGGCCAAAUUGAUGCCCACCCAGUGGCGCACGAUCGCACCGAUUGUCGGGCGCACGGCUACCCAGUGUCUCGAGCGUUAUCAGAAGUUGCUGGAUGAGGCGGAGGCGCGCGAGAACGAUGAGUUGGGCUUGGGUGGUCCGUCUGGUGCGGAGGCGGCGGCUCCCAGUGCGGAUGAUGUUAGGAGACUACGACCCGGUGAAUUAGAUCCCGACCCAGAGUCCAAACCCGCGCGUCCCGAUACGAUCGAUCUCGAUGAAGAUGAGAAAGAGAUGCUGAGUGAAGCUCGAGCGCGUCUGGCCAACACGCAGGGAAAGAAGGCGAAACGCAAGGCUCGUGAACGACAGCUAGAAGAAUCUCGACGACUAGCCGUGCUACAGAAGCGUCGCGAGCUCAAAAAUGCCGGCAUCAACAUCAAAGUUACGACCCGCAAGAAGGGCGAAAUGGACUACAACGCGGAUAUUCCGUUCGAAAAGCCGGCAGCCCCUGGGUUCUACGACACGAUGGAUGAGGAAGGUCGAAAUGAGAAGCAGCGAGAAAUGUUCGAUCCUCGGAAACAGCAGCUGGCGAUCAAGCGGAAGGGCGACCAGGAUGAAGACCCGGAGCGCAAAAAGCGUAAGAAUGACAAGGGUAACAGCUCGUCCGCUGCUGCUGUCCGGGCCGGCCAGAUGCAGAAGAUCCGUGAGGCCGAACAGAGCAGCAAGAGAAGAGCCUUGGUUCUCCCGACUCCUCAGGUCAGCGAGGGAGAGAUGGAGGACAUCAUCAAGAUGGGGAUGGCGGGAGACCGUGCCAGCAAGAUGUCGGCGGACGAAGAGACCACACGGGGCUUGAUCGGCAACUACACGCCCAUGGUCGGCCAGACUCCGAUCCGGACCCCUCGUGCGCCGCCGCAGGAGGAUCACAUUGCCAAUGAAAUCAAGAACAUCCGAGCCUUGACGGAAACACAGUCGUCCUUGCUGGGUGGGGAAAACACGCCUUUGCACGAGGGCGGGUCCUCGACCGGGUUCGACGGAAUCACCCCUCGCCGUCAGCAGAUCGUCACUCCCAACCCCAUGGCAACACCCUUCCGACAGGCCAACGGGGUCGGCGCCACCCCCGUGGCGGGUGGAGUUGGCCCUGGGGCUACUCCCCUGCGCACACCCCGUGAUCAUUUCGCCCUGAACGAGAUGGAGGCCGGGCAACUCGUCGCAGCUACCCCGAAAGAUAUGAAAAUCAAUCGCCAGAGCAUCCGGAGCCGGUUGUCCGCACUGCCGAAACCCAAAGAAACAGAAUGGGAGCUAGAAGAACUCCCGUCGGAGUCCGCCGAGCCAGCCCAGGGAAUCGAGCUGACAGAGGAAGACGCCGCCGAACGGGACCAGAGAGAGCGCGAGGCGCGAGAGGCGGCCGCUCGGGCCGAGCUCUUGCGUCAGUCUCAAGUAUAUCAGCGAUCGCUACCCCGACCCAGCAUACUCGACACCGACGCCUUGAUGGAGCGUGCCGCGCGUGUGUCCGACCCCGUCGCCGGCCUGAUCGCCAAGGAGGCCGCCCUUCUCAUCGCCAACGAUGCGCGCAAGUUCCCGCUCCCCGGCUCCAAGGUGGAGGGCAAGCCGCGGAAAUUGGCCCAGCUCGACGAUGGCUUACUCGACGCGGCCCGCGCCGCGAUUGCCGCCGAGGCCGCUUCGUCUGAGCAGCAGCAAGAAUGGAAAAACAACUUCGAUGAUCAGUGGUCGUCGGCCCACACCGGCAGCCUUCCGGGUCUCUCCAACUAUGCCGACGAGGAAGAGGACGAUUACAAGCAAGAGCAACGAAUGGUAGACGCCUUCGAUAACGUGCAAAACUCAUUAAUAGCGACAGCCGAGCGGGGGAACAAGCUCGAAAAGAAGCUGGCUCUCCAUUACGGCGGAUACCAGAACCGGGCGAAAGUGCUUCGGAACAAGAUCGUCGAGGCCCAUACCGCCCUGGAACAGUCGAGGAGCGACCUGGAUGCGUUCCGCACGUUGCAGAUCUCAGAGGAGUCCGCCGUGUCCCGGCGUCUGGAGAAGCUGCGGGAUGAUGUUGCAUUUGUGAUGCGGAGAGAACGCGAGGCGCAAGAGGGUUACCGGACGCGCAAGGAUGAGCUGGAUGAUCUGGUUGCUGGGACAGGGGGGAUGGUCAAUGGAUGGCAUUAAGGACUGCGUUUGACUCUAAUCUACUGAGUUUCGUGUUCAGUUGUUCCUUUCUUUGUGUAGGGCUAUAUCCACGUGUAUAUCAGGUUGACUACAGAGUGUCUUGAUUUCCCUACUUGUAUGACAAGUAUUAGAAUUGGC